AGUACACUCUGGCUUCAAGAGUGAGGAGGGUUCGCUUCCAGUUCGAAAGCUUCACUCCACCACCAACUCUCACACGGAAGGGACGACCACCAAGACCAGGCUGGGGUACACCACUACUCAUCACAGUGUCCAAAAGAAAGCAGAAGGGCCUCAUUCACUCUGCAAAUAAAAAAGCUCAACUUUCACUCCGAGAAGAAAGCAGGCAGAUAAGCGACCCAACGAAUUAGAGAGCGACAACCAAAGCAAUAAAAUUGGAGACAGCGAGGCUCACCACGCGAAGAAAAAGAAGACUCUGACCGAUUAAACCAGUGUGUCGUUUGGAAUCUGGAAAUAUAAUAAAAUAGCAUAAGUUGCAACAAAGUAGGAGUAACAACGUGGUGGUUGAUACAGUUGGUGAUGCAAAUUAGUUGGUUAUUCCACUCGACACACCACACCACCACACAUAAUAAACCGUAUAGUAUCGUGGAGGACAAAGCCUAAAGUACGGUAACAAGAACGUGGAGUAGUUUGCAUUAUUAACUGAGCAAUUGUGAAAUUGAUGGGACCAUUGAUCCAUUAUUCAGCAGGGCCCAUUCAGCUGUAGAACAACACAUGCACAUUUUCUCUCUAGGCCACUUUUUCCACUCAAUUGUCAGUCUACUCCUCCUCGCCUGUUUUUGACCUCAGGUGGUGGGACUUGAUAAAACAAGGGACACACCACGUUCUCCUAUAUGCUCACACUACUACCACCCCCUCCCGAUCGUGGUCAAGACAGUGAUUCGCGCCCACCCACAGUGCUUCUUCUUCGAGUGAGUGACAAACUUUAUUUGCAAAAAGUGGGCGACAAAACUUGUCCAUGCCGGAGGAGCAGGAUUAGCAAGACUGUCAACUAAGAACUGCGACCAGAGUCACACCCCCAACACGACCACACAACAGGGAUCAGAUGCAUAGAGGAGGGGCCACGGGUGCGCCAUCGUACUACCCCACGGCGGUGGCCAUGUACUCGUCGGACAAAGUGAUGAAUGGCAAGCCGCUGGGCUCCGCGCCCGGCUCUUGUUUCCCUGGCAGAUAUUCCCCCACUUAUCGUGGACCAGACCCUAUGCGCCGCUGCGUCAACCCUACAGGUGACCUGUUUGGAGGGCUGAAUGACGGACUUCUCUCUCGCGCCGAGGCUCUUGUCGACAUGGGAAAGCACCCGGGCGCGUCGCCACCAGGACUUCAGCAGCUCAAGCAUGACAUGAUGUACCAUCCGGGGAUGGGGCCACCUCACCCCUCCCACAACCCCCGAGGACCCCACCAGGUAAACACCAACAACAACUCAGCAUCAUCCCCUUCUCAACACAAGUGGACUCAGUGGAUGGGUCACCCCGGCAUGGAGGGUUUAGACAUGCUUGACCCCAUCUCCUCCUCGACGAUGAUGACCUCUCUUGGGCCGAUGAACUCCGACUCUGGCUCCGUCUCUCACCACGGUCACACCCAACUCCACCCGUCCUCCGUCUACUCGGCACACUCCAUGAACUCCAUGAUGAGCCAUCCCUCCCUCCCCCACCCACAACUCCACCCGCCCCACCCCGCCAUCCACGACGCCGACACGGACCCCAGAGAGCUGGAAGCCUUCGCUGAGAGAUUCAAGCAACGCCGCAUCAAACUCGGUGUCACACAGGCAGACGUUGGCAAGGCGUUGGCGAACCUUAAACUCCCCGGAGUCGGGGCCCUCUCACAAUCCACCAUUUGUCGGUUCGAGUCGCUCACCCUGUCCCACAAUAAUAUGAUCGCGCUCAAGCCCAUCCUGCAAGCCUGGUUGGAAGAGGCGGAAGCCCAAGCUCGGUCCAAACGGCGUGACCCCGAUGCCCCCAACGUCCUCCCAGGCGGAGAAAAGAAGAGGAAACGAACCUCGAUUGCCGCCCCCGAGAAGCGCUCGCUCGAGGCAUACUUUGCCGUGCAGCCGCGUCCCUCUGGCGAAAAAAUUGCCGCCAUCGCGGAGAAGUUGGACCUCAAGAAAAACGUGGUUCGUGUCUGGUUCUGUAAUCAAAGGCAGAAGCAGAAACGUAUGAAGUUCGCAGCUCAACACUGACCCAAUAGUUGGUAGCGGAGGUAAAAAAACGACGACGCAGGGAGAAAAGAGUAAAAAAGAAGAAGAAGAAGGAGGAACCAGAGCUUGUCCCAAGACGACACUAUCUUCUAUACGUAAAUAAGCGACGGGCAAUAAAAAAUAAAAACAUAUCACGUUACAUACAUAAUUAUUACUAUACUCUAAAACUAAUCACGUACAUACAUACAGCAGGUAAUACAAAAUAGAUAGGUAGCUACUUAAAACUAAUCCAAGUCAGUCAGUCGUGUCCCCCUGCCUGCUGUUCUGCACCAGAAAGAAUACAAAGAAAAGAAAAACUGCACCACCCCCUUAAUUAACUCGCCCCACCCCGCACACAGGGUACCCAAAACAAACAAGUAAUAGCGACAAAAUAAUGGACUCUGACGACGAAACGGAAGAAGAAGAAACCGACUCUCUGCGACACAACACAACUACCGACCUUAUCUCCGCGCUUAUUAAUACUCCCUCAAUAUACAACCAGAAGAACUUAACUUACAGCAAUUAUCAUUCUCCUCCAAUCUAAUAAAAAUGCAUAUCAUAACCUGUGCUUGUAGCCAUAAUAAAGACAUACAGACAUCUCUCCAUGCAAACUUCCGAUCGAGGUGGCAAUCGUAAAUUGUACGUAGAUCAUAGUAACGACGAAGAUGGUGAAUAAAAAGUUGGUCAAGAGAAGAAGGUGACGGGACGGUGAAGAUCAAGAUUUUCGAUAUCCAGUUUGGAUUGACAUGUUAUUGAGUAAGGAUGAUGAAGUGGAAUGAAAUGAUGAUGAUGAGCAUAGCAAUAAGUUUUGUAGUGCACUGAAGAUGAUAAUCUUGUACAUUCUCUCAAGUCAAUAAAUAUACUAAUAAAUAAAUUACAUACAU